AAUGUCAGUCAGUUGGACCGAGUACAAUCAAAAGGUAGGCUCGACGGCUCUGGCAUUGCCCAGCUUCGCUUCUCGCCUUCUUCCUCCUCCCACCUCGGAAAGCUUUUCCUUCUUCCCUGGCGGCGCAGCCUUUUUCUGCGACAACCAGAGGUUUGUGGGCACGGUGCCUUGAGAAAUUAAGAUCGGAGCAAGGGAAAGAGAAGGCAUUCUCUUGGAAGUUCUGGCCCAGGCAGGCAGGAGCUAACGAUGGUGAGAGGAAAACAGCAGCUCCUCUUGCUGCUCUUCGUCUUGAGCGCCGUCGGAUCAAGAAUCGCUUCCGCGGACACCAACCCGCAAGAUGCGGCUGCUCUCAGAUCUCUGAUGAAGAAAUGGAAAAAUUUGCCUUCUAGCUGGGGGAAGUCCAACGAUCCUUGCGGUGCCAGUUGGGACGGUAUUUUGUGCGAUGGAAACAGAAGGGUCACGUCACUGUGAGAAUCUAUUUGCUAUGACCAUAAGAGGCACUCUUGGCGAUGAUAUAGGAAGCCUGACUGAACUAAGGGUCUUGGAUCUGUCCUCAAACCCAGAUCUUGGUGGCCCACUGCCGGCUGCUAUGGGGAAGUUGGUUAAGCUUGAAGAACUAGCAUUGAUUGGUUGUAGUUUCAGUGGUCCUAUUCCAAGUGAAUUAGGCAACCUGUCACAAGUCAAAUUCUUUGCUCUGAACUCAAACAAAUUAACAGGCAGCAUCCCGCCCUCAUUAGGAAAGCUUUCCAGUGUCACCUGGCUGGACCUCGCUGACAACCUGCUGACUGGACCACUCCCAAAUUCCAAGGACAAUGGAACUGGAUUGGACCAGCUUCUAGAGGCAGAGCACUUCCAUUUCAAUCGAAACAACCUGGAAGGUUCAAUCCCGGAAUAUCUGUUCAACUCCAACAUGAAGCUCAAGCACAUACUUUUUGACAUUAACAGAUUUGUUGGACCGAUACCACCAUCUAUUGGUGCAAUUCCUACACUAGAAGUACUUCGUUUAAAUAACAACGGUUUCAUGGGUCAAGUUCCUUCUCUCAAGAACCUGACUAAGCUCCACGUUCUAAUGCUUUCAAACAACAAACUAAAUGGAUCAAUACCUAACUUGGCCGGGAUGAGGUUACUAGAAAAUGUGGAUAUGAGCAAUAACAGCUUUACGCCUUCUAAUAUUCCAAGCUGGUUCUCAAAUUUGACUAACAUAAUGACCCUUACAAUGCAGUCAGUUGGAAUUUCUGGCCAAGUGCCACAGGAGCUGUUCAGCUUCCGUAAAUUACAGCAUCUAAUACUGAGCGAUAAUCAACUGAAUGGAACACUUGACAUGGGCAGUAACAUUAAUGAGGGACUAGAUCUUGUCGAUAUACAAAACAACGGAGUCACUUCAGUUACAGUGUACGACAGCUUCAAAGGCCAAUUUCUCAAGCUUCAAGGGAACCCACUCUGCAACAAUUCUCUUUUGUCAGACACAAUGCCAUGCACAGGACUACAAACUGAAGCUCCUAGACAGCCCCGUACCAUUGAAGUCCAGUGUGCCCAUCCUUUCAUCGAGACUAUCGUCUUCAGAGCUCCUUCCUUCGGUGAUGUUGUCCAGUACCUUCCUGAACUGCAGAACAACCUCACAGAUAAAUUAAACAGCUGUACCCCAAACCAGCUAAGCUUGGCCCACUCCAACGAUGGUGAAUACCUAAAUGUGGAGAUCAAGGCAUGCCCAGUAAACCAGAAGAGGUUCAACUACUCCCAAGUAUUAAACUGCUUCAACCUGACCCGUCAGACUUACAAGCCACCAGAAUUAUUCGGGCCUUACUAUGCAAGAGCGCAUCAUUACCCGUUCCACGACAAAGCUUCUCGAGCUGUUUUGAUUGGCAUUGUAACUGGAUCUGUUCUCCUGGUUGUGGGACUUACACUGGUUGGUUUUUACGCUGUGCGACAAAAGAAGCGGGCUCAAAAGCUUGUCUCCAUCAACAAUCCUUUCGCGUCAUGGGGAUCAAUGGGAGAAGAUAUUGGUGAAGCACCAAAACUGAAAAGUGCUAGAUUCUUCACAUUGGAAGAACUCAAGUUGUGCACCAAUGAUUUCCGAGAAAUCAACGCUAUUGGAGCAGGGGGCUAUGGAAGGGUGUACCGAGGAAAACUUCCAGAUGGGCAGUUAGUAGCAAUUAAGAGAUCCAAGGAAGGGUCCAUGCAGGGUGGCCUUGAGUUCAAGACAGAAAUAGAACUCCUUUCAAGGGUUCAUCACAAGAACUUGGUUGGACUGGUUGGUUUCUGCUUUGAGAAGGGCGAAAAGAUGCUUGUUUAUGAGUUCAUAUCCAAUGGAACACUAAGCGAGGCCCUAUAUGGUAUGAAAGGAAUACAAUUGGACUGGAGUAGGAGGCUCAAGAUAGCUCUGGAUUCAGCUAGAGGGCUAGCUUACCUCCAUGACCACGCCAAUCCUCCAAUUAUUCACAGGGAUGUGAAGUCCACCAACAUCCUCCUUGAUGAGAAGAUGACCGCAAAGGUUGCGGACUUUGGCCUGUCUUUGCUGGUAUCAGACAGUGAGGAAGGCCAACUCUGCACAAAUGUCAAGGGAACACUGGGCUACCUGGACCCUGAGUACUACAUGACGCAACAGCUCACAGCGAAGAGCGAUGUCUACAGCUUUGGUGUGGUGCUGUUAGAGCUCAUAAUGGCCAAGCCACCGAUACACGACAACAAGUACAUCGUCCGCGAGCUGAAGAUGGCACUUGACAUGGAGGAUCGCACACACUGCGGGCUACAGGAUGUGAUGGACCCGAUCCUUGCGAAAAUGGGGGGCCUCCUUGGCUUCCCACGGUUCCUAAAACUGGCACUGCAAUGUGUCGAGGAGAUGGGAACGAGCCGGCCCUCAAUGAACACCAUUGUGAGGGAGAUUGAGGGGAUAAUGCAGGACUACGGGCUCAUACCAGCCUCCAUGUCGACGAGCUCUUCGUUCAGCAUUGAGUCAAGAAUGAUGAAGGUCGGGCCUAAGCUUCCGUACUCUAGUGCUUCGACGUCACACUCAACGUUUGAUAUGGACAGCAGGGCCUUUGAAUACAGUGCGGUAUUCCCUUCUUCUCAUGGGAGCUUGAAGCCAUGAAGCCCUAGAUGUAUAGGAUGGAAAGCUUGAUAAGGGCACCAGUUUAUAGGAGAUGUGCAAAAAUUAGAGUGUACGUUGUUCAUAGGUUUCAGUAGGACUGCACAAAAUUCAUGAAGUUGACUAUUCUUUUUGCCUUCGAGAGAAAUUAAAACGUACAUAUCAGUUUUUCUUUUGAAA